AUGAAAGUUGAUGAAGUUCUCAUCAACAACGCCCAAAAAACGAUCGAUCGAUUGAUCAGGCAGUUGACAGAGAUUGACAACGAAAAGUGAGUUAUUUUCAACGUUUUUGACGAGAAACCUGGAAUUACAGAGACUCACUCAGCGAGAAAGAGUACAAGGAAUUGAGAGAAGACACUGUCAAUCAGCUUGAAGUAAUCCAUUUCUAUAAAACGCAUCUACCGGAGUUCUGCUUCAGGAAUUCGGAAAAAUAGUGGAACGCCUUCAAGGCGGGGACGUUUCUCUAAUUGAUAACCUGACGGCAACAAAAAUCGCUAUCCGAGCAGCCAUCAGCAAGGCGUUCAAGACUCCAGAAGUGAUGGCUCUUUUUGCAGGAAAAAAGACCGGCUUGCUCAGGGAAAAGCUCAUGAUGGUGAGAAAAGGAUAAUGAAAAUCAAGCUGACAAUGAAUAGUUUCAGACGGAAAACAACUAUCGUGCACAGAAGAUCUCAAAGCAAGAGUAUCUGGAAAGGAAGUUCGAGAUUCUGAUGGCCCUGCGUCGGCUUGAGGAACCUCUGACUGAAGAGGAGAAGAAGUUCCUGAGCGAGCGACUGGAGACCCCUGAAUUCCAGUUGAUUGAGGCAAAUGCCAAUCGGGUUUUCGGCGGAAACCUUUGAGAAAUCCAAAAAUUGUUGUUCUGUAAAUACAUAAACUACUGUUAUUUGCUCUUUUGCUCCCUCCGUCAAUUCAAUUUUUCCGACAAUGGCUGCUUUUCCCAUCUUAUCUUUAAACCACAAUCAUCUGUUUUCAGUCUUUCAUUUUCCGUCUAACUUUUUCUCUAUUGUUUUUAUCAUUUUCACUUCUUUUUUGAAUUUCACAGUUAGGAAUAUCGGAAAAUGACUGAGAAAAAGAAGCGAUUAGAUGACGAGAGUACGAGGAUAUCUCCGCCGUGGGAAGCGUGGUUACACCUCGAGCGCGACCGCGCUUUCUAUUUUAACCGGGAAACGAAGGAAACCACGUGGACUCAUCCGAAGGGUCUGAAAGACGUUCCGAAGGAUAAAUUCUAUAAAAAAGAAAAGAAAAAACAGAAAAAAGGUGACGAAAGUCCGAUCAAAAAAAGAAUCUGAAGGCUUGUGCCGAAGUGCCAAGACAAGAAAAAAGAUCGCUGAAGAGAAGGGCGAGAGAAGAAGCGACGGACGCGGAUGAUAAAAUGGUAAGCGUGGAAUCAGAACAUUCCGGAAAUGUUCAGCAUUUUCUAGGAAGUUGAUGAUGCUCUCCCGCCAAAACGAAAAGCAGCAUGGGGUACGGAGAAUGAGAACGAAGACGACGAAACGGUCGCCAAGAGAAUAAGAAUCGCCGACUUUCCUGUCAUCCCGAUACUUCCCCGAGUGAACGCACUAGUCCCAGAUGCUCCAGCAAUUCAAGUACGUUCUGCUCUUCAUCUUAAUCAAUACAAAGCCAAAAUCUUCCAGACUGUUCAGAAAGCGCAUCCAAAAGUGUCAUGGGCUUCCGAGACGCAUUCGUUUAACCUGGUUCCCUACAAAGGCUGCGUCGUCUUUGACACCAAUUCUCUCAUCUCCGAGCCAUGCAUUAUCGAUGACGCUAUUCAGAGUAUCUAAAAAGAUCUUCAGCUUUUCCCAAACAGUUUUUUUUGCAGAUCAAGUACUCGUAGUGAUUCCGUGCACUGUGCUCAGUGAGCUCGACGGGCUUAAAAAAAACGCAGAACUGCAAGAAUCGAUAAGCAGUGUGUCGAGAAGAAUUCGAGCGUUGGCCGAAGAGAAAAACUGUUAUUUGCACAUGGAGACGAGAUCAGAGUUGUACAUGAAAUUACCGGGUUGCAACGUCAAUAUGGCUGAUAAUGACCACCAAAUUAUUAAAUGUGCACUCCGAAUUAAGGCCGAACGUAAAAUUUUUGCAUACUUUCAACUUUUAACUUGUAUUUUUUCAGUUCUUUCGCUUAAACCCUGGCUAAACAUCAACGAAGAGUCGAUUUUCUUUGUCAGCAAUGAUAAUAAUUGCGCCUCCAUAGCUAAUGGCCUUGGCGUCAAGACGAGCAGCACUGAAAAGUUUUUGAAUAUAAUAAAAGGAGUGGAAGAGAAGAAGAUCAGCACUCCGAUUCCUCGUCGAGUGUCCCCUGAAAGAGAAGCUCAUCGGAGGGAUGUUCGGGAAGAGAAGCGCCACGAUCGGCAGAGUGAGAGACGGAGUGAACCGCGCAGUGAACCACAUAAAGAACGACAAUACGAUUCACGGGACCGACCGAGCAGUUCAUACUGUAGAAGAUCGGAAGCGACGACGACGUCCACAAGGAGUUACUCGAACGAGUACGCAAAAGAAUACGGAAACGAUUACGACGCCAGAAAGAGAUGUAUAGUUCAGCAAACGCGAAAAGACAGAGAAAUGCACGAUUGGAUCAGAAAAUCGCUUAAGAAUAGUGCUGCGAGAGAGAAGAAAUUUGAGAAAAACGAGAAGAUGGAGUAG